AUGGCUGAUGGUGGUCUCGGUGGUGCACUGGCCUGGGGCCUGCAGCGUGCCCGCUAUUGCUGCGUCGUCCUCGGGACUAUUUUCAGGGAUCCCGGACGACGGGCUCCAGCUCGGCAUCGUCGUCAGCAGCAUCGGCAGCAUCAUCGGUAUCCGAGCUCGACCGAUCUGCCCGUCUCGUCGAUCGAGCAUCUGCUGCUACCAGACCGCUCCGGCUCCAGCCGGCACGACGACCAAGAAGAGCACGGAGACGUCCACCCUUGCUCGUGCGAAGCCACACGCGGAAGCAGCAGCAGUGAUGUCGGGCCUCUACCCGACCGCUCCCCCCCUCGACCGCCGUCCACCCUCCCCCCGCCCGCCUCGUACCCGGGGUCCUCUCUGCCGAGCAGCCGUCGCCGUCGCCGCGGCCGCCGACUCUGGCGGCAGAGAUGUCCGUCACGGUGCCGCGUGUUCGCGGUGAUGCUGACGCUGUCGGCGGCGGCGCUGGCCUUGCUCGCCUGGCGAUCGGAGACGAUGCUGCGGCUGCCGUGGACGCCGGACGAGGAGACGCGGCUGUUCAGCUCACUGCCGCUGCCCCCGGCGUCGGGGAGGCUGGAGGCGGCCAACUUCACGCUGCCGCUGCGGACGCAGGGGCGCGACAUCGUCGACGCGACGGGCCGGCGGUUCAGGCUGGCGUCGGUGAACUGGUACGGCGCCAGCGACGAGAGGUUCGUGGUGGGCGGCCUGGACGUGCAGCACCGCGACGUGAUCGCGCAGACGAUACGGCGGCUGGGCUUCAACAGCGUGCGCCUGCCCUACGCCGACGAGCUGGUGACGGCCAACCCGGUCGUGGACCCGGACGCGGUGUCGGCCAACCCGGACCUGGCCGGCAGGCGGGCGCUCGACGUGUUCGGGGCGGUGACGACGUCGCUCACCGAGGCCGGGCUGGUCGUCAUCCCCAACAACCACAUCACCAGCGCGACGUGGUGCUGCGGGGCCGACCCGUGCGACGCCGGCUGGUCGAACGACCACCUCGGCCCGGCGUGCCGCGUCCGCCAGACCGAGGAGGGCUGGAUCCGGAACUGGGAGGCCGUCAUGCGGCCCCACGUCGACGACCCGCUCGUGGCCGGCGCCGACCUGCGCAACGAGGUCCGCGGCCUCUGGGGCACCAUGCCCUGGCCGUCCUGGGCCGCCGCCGCCGAGCGGUGCGGCAACCGCCUGCUGGCCAUGAACCCGCGCUGGCUCGUCGUCGUCGAGGGUACCGAGUCGGCCAACGACGUGUCCGGCGCCCGCCGCCGGCCCGUCCUCCUCGACGUCCCCGACCGGCUCGUCUACUCGGCCCACGUCUACGCCUGGUCCGGCUGGGGGAGCGUGGGCGGCAGGUUCGCCCAGCGCACCUACCGGUCCUUCGCCGACUCCAUGCGCCGCAGCUGGGGCUACCUGCUCGAGCAGGACGUCGCGCCCGUCUGGGUCGGCGAGCUGGGCGCCUCGCACUCCCCCACCCGAGGCGCUCGGACCUACUGGUCCAACCUGUUCCGCUACCUCAACGACGUCGACGCCGACUUUGGCUACUGGGCUCUCAACCCGAGGAAGCCCAGGAGGAACGAGCACGAGUCGUACGCUCUCGUCGCGGACGAUUAUCUCACCCCCAUUGUAGAUUAUCGCAUGAAGGAUAUGGUGGAGCUGAUGAAUCGAUAA